GAUUUUCCGUCGCGCAAUCACCGCCCUUCGUUGGGAGUGGAACCAUAUACACGUGGAUAUUGUGUUAAUUUACCGAGUUCGGUUGGACUCAGAAUGGGAUAGCAUUUAUAUUUCCUGUUAAUUAUUAUCAAGAAUAAAUAGAGUGGGUUCGCGAAGGUAGAUAGAAGAUGAUAGAUCCAUCUUCAUCUGAAGAAGAUAGUGAAGAAGAACAUGGAACAGGUCACCAUGCUGGGCAUCAUCCUACAACACACCAUCAUCAUCAUCAUUCAUCAGUUCAUUCAUCAGUUCAUCCUCAUACCGAGUCUUCACCAUAUCAUCAAACGCAUACUUCAGAUUUGGGAAGCGGCACAUUGGAAGUACCUGCUCCAAGUGCCACUCGUUCUUUAUCACCAUCCAGUGCCGUAUCUGCUGAAACAAUCAGCCACAGUUUGGGGUCUUCCAGAGCAAAUUCCUUACCCCGACCUACCAGUCCGUCGCCUUCAGUUGCCUCAGAAAAAACCGAGGUAGAUCUUCAGGAAAAGCAAGAACGAGAAGAGGAAGAACGGAAAAGAAGAAUACAACUUUAUGUUUUUAUAUCGAGGUGUAUAGCAUAUCCGUUCAACGCUAAACAGCCUACUGACAUGACUAGACGACAAACCAAAAUAACAAAACACCAGUUAGAAAGUAUUGUUAAUAGGUUUCAAAGUUUUUUAAAGGGGGAAACGCAAAUAAUGGCCGACGAAGCCUUUCAGAACGCUGUACAGAAUUAUUACGAUGUUUUUUUGAAAUCUGAGAGGGUCGUCAAAAUGGUCCAAUCUGGUGCUUGUUCGCAAUAUGAUUUUAGAGAAGUUUUUAGAAAUAAUAUAGAAAAACGAGUCAGAUCUUUACCUGAAAUGGAAGGAUUAAGUAAAGAGACUGUGUUCACAUCCUGGAUGGCUAAAUUUGACUGCAUUCUAAAAGUUACAGACGAAGACUCGAAAAGACCAUCCAGAAUGCAGCAAAAUUUAAAUUCAGAACUUAUUUUAUCUAAAGAACAGUUAUACGACAUGUUUCAACAAAUUCUUGGGGUCAAAAAAUUUGAACAUCAGCUGCUCUUUAACGCCCUAUUGCUUGAUUCAGCUGAUGAACAAGCAGCAGCAAUCAGAAGGGAGUUAGAUGGCAGAAUGCAAAAAGUAGCAGAAAUGGAAAAGAAUCGAAAGUUAAUGCCUAAGUUUGUGUUGAAAGAAAUGGAGUCCCUUUAUAUAGAAGAGUUGAAAUCGUCCAUAAACUUAUUGAUGGCGAAUUUGGAGUCACUACCAGUAUCAAAAGGAUCGAUGGAUUCCAAAUAUGGUUUACAAAAACUAAAACGCUAUAAUCACAGGUUGCAUAACCAUAAUAAUCCAUAUAAUGUGAAGCACAUUUUGAUGAAUUAUGUUACUUCUUUUAGAUCGCAAGGAUCUUUAGCAAAGCUAGAGGGGGAUUCCGCAGAUAGUGACACCCAGUUAACAAAACUCGAUGUGGUUUUAACAUUUCAACUAGAGGUAAUAGUAAUGGAAGUGAGAGGUUUAAAAUCAUUAUCACCAAAUCGAAUUGUUUAUUGUACUAUGGAAGUAGAAAAUGGUGAAAAGCUGCAAACUGACCAAGCAGAGGCCUCCAAACCCAUGUGGGAUACGCAAGGCGAUUUUUGUACUACACACCCAUUACCGAUUGUUAAAGUUAAGUUAUAUACAGAAAAUCCUGGAAUGUUGGCGUUGGAAGAUAAAGAGUUGGGGAAAGUUAUUUUGAAGCCUACUCCACUUUCCUCAAAGGCACCGGAGUGGCAUAAGAUGACUGUACCCAAAAACUUACCGGAUCAAGAUUUGAAAAUAAAAAUAGCGUGUCGAAUGGAUAAACCGUUAAACAUGAAACAUUGUGGCUAUCUGUAUGCGAUAGGAAAAAGUGUAUGGAAGAAAUGGAAGAAACGAUAUUAUGUCCUUGUUCAAGUUUCUCAAUACACAUUUGCAAUGUGUAGUUACAAAGAGAAAAAAUCCGAACCUUCCGAAAUGAUGCAGCUGGAUGGUUACACAGUGGAUUACAUCGAAGCUUCUAGCGCUAACUUGAUGGUCGGAAUGGGUAAGCACUUGGAAGGAGGUAGAUAUUUCUUUAAUGCCGUUAAAGAAGGAGACAGUAUAAUAUAUGCUAGCGAUGAUGAGAAUGAAUGUCAUCUAUGGGUAAUGGCAAUGUACAGAGCAACUGGACAGUCGCAUAAACCAACACCUCCUCUUACUCUUCAAGAUAAAAACUCCACAAUAUCGAAAAUUCAAGGGGAUGCCGAUAGAGCAAGAAAACAUGGAAUGGAAGAUUUUAUUUCUGCUGAUCCUUGCCAAUUUGAUCAUGCUUCUCUAUUUAGAUUAUUACAAAAUCUCACACUGGAAUAUAGGCUAAACGAUCCGUACUGUUCAUUGGGAUGGUUUAGCCCAGGUCAGGUUUUCGUUCUAGAUGAAUACUGCGCCAGAUAUGGUGUACGAGGAUGUUAUAGACACCUGUGUUACUUAUCUGACUUAUUAGAUAGAGCCGAGAAGAAUUUAAUGAUAGACCCUACCUUGAUCCAUUAUAGUUUCGCGUUUUGCGCAAGUCAUGUUCAUGGAAACAGUAAUAACUUUAGACCGGAUGGAGUUGGGAGCGUCACUCACGAAGAAAAAGAAAAAUUUCAAGAUGUAAAAGAGCGCUUACGUGUUUUAUUAGAGAAUCAAAUUACAAAUUUUAGGUUUUGUUUUCCUUUCGGACGUCCGGAAGGGGCUUUAAAGGCGACUCUUUCAUUGCUGGAAAGGGUUUUAAUGAAAGAUAUUGUCACACCAGUGCCUCCAGAAGAAGUUCGCGGUAUGAUUAAGAAAUGCUUAGAAACUGCUGCCUUAGUAAAUUACACUAGGUUAUCAUCUGAAGCUAAAAUUGAAGAUGAUUUAAGGGGCGAGACCAUAGUCUCUCCAAGUAAGAAACUCGAUGACUUAAUACAUUUGGCUGAACUUUGUGUAGACUUACUCCAGCAAAACGAGGAGCAUUAUGCAGAGCAACUGCGCAAGGCAGACCGGCAACCGUCAAGUCAAGCAGCCUCAGCGGGCGCAAAUACAAAUACUCAGCCAGUAGCGCCCGCUCCAGGCACCCCUGGUGGCCGUGACGCCAAGCACCCUUCUGUGUCUCGCUAUUGCAUGCCUCAGCAUGCUAGUUACACCCCACCAGAUCCUACGGCCUUUGCGUGGUUUAGCGACUUAUUGGUUGAACACGCUGAAAUAUUUUGGUCUUUGUUUGCUGUUGAUAUGGACAGAGUAUUAGCCGAACAACCAGUAGACACUUGGGAUUCUUUUCCACUGUUUCAAAUCCUCAACGACUAUCUUAGAGCUGACGACAACUUGAAAAAUGGACGAUUUCAUCAACAUUUAAGAGAUACUUUUGCCCCGUUAGUAGUUAGAUACGUGGAUCUCAUGGAAUCUUCGAUUGCUCAAUCUAUCCACAAAGGUUUUGAGAAGGAACGGUGGGAAAUUAAAGGUAUGGGAUGUGCAACAUCAGAAGAUCUAUUUUGGAAACUUGAUGCACUUCAAUCGUUCAUAAGGGACCUACAUUGGCCUGAUGCAGAGUUUAGACAACAUUUAGAGCAACGACUGAAGCUGAUGGCUUGUGAUAUGAUGGAGUCCUGCAUACAAAGAACUGAAUCUGCCUUCCAACAGUGGUUGAAGAAAUCUGUUACUUUUAUUUCCACCGAUUAUAUUAUACCAUCUGAAAUGUGUGCAAUGGUGAACGUUAUUUUGGACGCAAAAAAUCAGUCUUUGAAGUUAUGUGCAGUAGAUGGAAUUGACUUGCAUCAAUAUCAUACCAAGAUCGAUGACAUGAUAGAAAAAACAAAUGCCAACAUGGUUCAAGGAUUGAUAAGUAAAAUGAUGUCAGUUUUAGAAGCAACAUUGUCUAAAUUAUCUAGGUACGAUGAAGGCAGUCUCAUAGGAUCAAUUUUAAGUUUCACGAAUGUUUCCGGGUCGGGCAAAGAUAUGGGACAAGGUUAUGUAAAUUUCACAAGGAAUUGCAUGGACCAAAUUCGACAAAAAAUUACAGAUGAACUGUGGAUUCUAACAUUCUUCGAACAGUGGUAUACAAGCCAAAUUAAUAUGUUAUGUAAUUGGUUGUCUGAAAGAUUGGAUCAUACUUUGCACCCUUACCAAUGUACGUGCCUUGCUCAUAUCAUAAAGAAAAUAUAUUCAGACUUUGAACUUCAAGGCGUUAUGGAAGAUAAAUUGAAUUCUAAAGCUUAUCAGACAAUAGCUCAAAGAAUGCAAACAGAAGAAGCUACAUGUGCACUUACUAUGGGUCAGGCCGAAAGUGGAAUGGAUGGAAUCGAUGAAGACGGCGAGAACAGAAACAAAACGAAAGUGACAAUAAUGGAAAGCUUAAGUGGAGAAGAUGGAAACUUCGUGUCCAACGUAGGAACUAUGAUAGGUGGGAAAGUGGGAAAUAUAUUUGGUAAAGGGCUAGGUGGAAUUGGAUCAAAAUUAGGAGGAGGAACAGGCAGUUGGUUUUAAAAAUUCGAGUUAUCAUACGAUAUAGCUUUUAUUUUAUUUCUUUUUAAUAUUUUAUAUGACUAUUUGGCCUCAAUAGGGUCUUCUUUUGUAUAAAAUAUACGUAACCUAAAUUUUGUAAAUGAUAUUUUUCAAUUUAUGGUUACAAAUAACAUUAAGUGUAGUUUACUUAAUAAACCGUUAUUAAAUAUAGUAGAACCUCUAAACAGCGGUCACUAAAAGUAGUACGACCCUCAACUCUAAGUUCAAAAAUACAUUGAAAAAAAAUAGGUGGGGAUAAUAAGUUGAUUAGUCCAAUGCCUAAGGAAACAUCUCCAUAUAAUAAAAAUAAUUGACACGUCCUUUCAUAGCAAGGACAAAACGAAAUAUCACUAGCAACUUUUUGCUUAUAAAAUAUUGGAAGAUUUACGAGCCGUAACGAAAUCUUCUCCUUUAUGUUCAUUAUAGACACUCUUGAGUUUGUAGGAUAUUUAGUACUAUUAACUGAUCCUUUAAAAGUUAGAGAGCUAUACACAAUUUCUUUGAUUAGAUGAUCAACCCACUAGUUAAGGUCCCAAAAGAGUACUCCAAAGCAGUUGACCAAAAAAGAGGUUCUACUGUAAUUUCAAAACAGUUGAACUGUAUCCCAUCUGAAAAAUAAAUACAAUGUCCAUAACAAUGAGUACUAAGGGACCACAGAUCUUGUUUGAACUUGAAUAAAGGAUUUAAAAAAAAGAAAACUUCAAAAAAUUGUUUUGUAAAUACUGGCAAAAAUAAACAUAUUUGACGAUUCCUCAAGUGUUUUGAAAUUAAAUUGUAAAUUCAGCAAAAUAACUCGAUUUGUUAGAAAUAUAUUCAUUUGCUAGCUUUCUUGGUGGGUUGCCAUAGAAUUAAGAAAUAUUGUGAUUUUGAUAAAUAAAUAGACUCUGCACAAAGAAUAGGCAACUCUGACAAUUUGAGAUUUACAUCUAAUAUACAGAUAUAUUUAUUUCUAUGGAUAUUCAACAAAUUAUGAAGUUAUAAUUAAUAUUGCACUGGAUAUCAUUUAUUUUUUAAAUGUGUAAGUAUGUAUCUGAUUCAGAAUUCAGAGGGUUCAAAAAGUUGUGUGUCGUUUGUAUUGAAAGUUUAUAGAUUACAACUUAGAACCUUAAAACAACAAAUGAUCAAAUUUGAAGAAAUUGACAAAAUAGUGUUUAUAUCGAUUGAAGUGCUCGGACUAGUCAUUGUUACAUUUCUUUUGUUAUUUUACCAAAAUGGUUAAUAUAGGUUAAGAUGAAGAUGGAACUUCUCCAUGAAAAACAUUUAAUAUAGAAGAAAUAUUGAAAUCAUUAUUAGAGGAAUGAGAAUAAAAAGCAGAACUAGAACUAGCAAAAGUAGGAAGACCUAAAAACAAUAUAAAAAUAUGUUGAAUAAAAAUUCACGGUAUAUGUAGAAAUAAGCAAUAUUUUAGAAAACUACAAGUCUGAAUAGAAUAGCUCAUACUGAAUCAUGAAGGGUGAUCCAGCCAUAAUGCACAAAAAGUUUUUGGAGAAUUAUCUCAAUUUGAUCUAUUAUUACAGAAGGAUCUGUCACAAAAAAUGUGUUGAGUAUCGUUAAUGUGUCAAAUUUUCUCAUCCUUCAGAUCUUAAACUAUUCUUGACAGUUUGAUGUAAAUUGACAACGCUACAAUGUGAGUUAACACGCCAUUGAAUUUUUCGCGCAAAAGAAUCAUCGUUUUGUUCACUGUCCCAAAUAACGCCCUCCUGCUGGAACCACUUAUCGUCCAGCCCUGUAUCUGUAAUUUCUGAUUACAAAAAGCCAGUUAUCAUAGUCCAGCCCAUAAACUCCUCCAAAAAAAUUGCCAGUAAGUUUCAACUCGUAGGUCAGUUGAACCUUGUCGGUAUAAAUAUAAGACUUUAUUCGCAAUCCGCAUCAGUGAGACCUUCAAGUAUUGAGUAGGAUAGCGAGUUCAGCUGGAGCAAUGUUUUUUGCAGAAUGAACUAGGUGACCAUGAACAGGUGUUUUUCCAUCUUCUCCAAUUCCGAUCGAAUAAAAGUUACCACAAUUCUCCCGAGUAUGAACACAUUUGAUCGAUGAUGCUAAACAAAAAAUUCAAUAGCUGCGUUUCGAUUUAGAAGUCCAUUUUUAUAAAAACCUACAACAAUCUUAAAGCGCUGCUCAAUUGUGUAGCUCUCCAUGAUAGAUAGCAUUUGUCAAAGAGUAAAACAAAGAACUAUCGAACGAAGUUGGACAAAAAGUUGACGCAAAGGUAUAACUCAGAUUUAACAUCGUGCAUUAUGGUUGGACAAACCUUAUUUUAAAAUAACAUGAUAAUGAACCUAAUGGAUAUGACCGGCUAAUUUAUUUACUACUCGCCGAAGUGUAGGCUCGUUAUCCAAUAAAAAAGCCUUGUGUCAUCAUAGUUUCUAGUGGUCUAGCUGUAAGUAUACUACAGCUAGUUGAGAAAGAAUAAUAAGGUUCAUUUACACGGAGUGAGUUAGCCGUUAAUCGCUGAGUACUCACUAAUGAACCUAAGAAAAAUCAUAGGGAAAAUAAAUCUAAAAAGGUGAAGGCUCCACGUCAAGCAAAAUUUGGCAAAGUUAAGUGUUACACCAUCAAGAUAUGUGCAAAACACACAUAAAUAAGUAAAGCACUUAAUUGCAAAUAUCCUUUAGGAUAAUGACGAAACGAGCUUUAGUUUAAAAUUACGCCGUCCGUAAAAAUUAUUCUGUUUUGUUUCUUUUCGAUCACUUUUCUUUAGGAUAUUUUUACUCCAAGUGCGUUAUAUUACAGGGACUAAUGAGCAAUAAACUGAUCAAAAAUUUUCACUAAACGUCUAAUCUCUCACGUAAUAGAUUACUAAAUGCAAACACAUAUUCAAUAAGCCAAAAUUUGACUGUCGUUUCUAAAAAACUAUGAAAAUAUCUUCAAAAUUAUUAUAAUCUAUCUAUCUCUUUUAUUUAUAUGCUAGAUAAAAGGAUAUCUCGGCCAAAUAUUUAGAAAUAAUCCCAAUUUUACAUAUCAUCAAGUGUUCUCAGACACCGAUGUUUUCAAAUAUCUUGUAAGACACAAGAAUAUCCAUUCACUUAAUACAUAAGAAACCGCUUCAUAAAUUUAUAAUUAAUAAUGAAAGAUAAUGAGUUUCUAAGUGGUAUCAGACUAAAUAUAUUUUAAUAACUAGACAGGAUGUACAACAUCUAAGAGUAUACACAAUUAUCUCUUAGAGGUGUACUUGAGAUAUUCCUCGUAUAUUAACCAACACCAACUUAGAAGAAGCAUGAGUAACCAGCUCAACUGCUGAAAAAUAAAAAAUUAGAAUACUAAAUUUGCAAACAAAAUCAUUAUAAUUAAUUUUGAUAUCGACAGAUUUCAUUCGAAUUCCUAAUCAUUGACUAAUAGUUUAGUACUUGAAGUUUUUAGAAAGCAAGACAAAUUGCUGAUUGGAAUUUUGAACCUAUUUUCACGUUUAUUCUUGAAGUUGUAAGAUCGUUCAGAAGCCCAGUAAGUUAACUACUACAGUCUUACUGGUCACAAAUACUUUUUCGAUUGAUAUUUGUUAAUUAUAUAAUAUAAUAAAGAAUAUCUACAGUAUUUUGUAGUGCUAAAAGUGAAAAUAACAGAAAUAAAUAUUAAAUUCACUGUUAUGCGUUUCCAAAUCCAGUAUUCACAAUAUUAUGUUAUCAAUAUGUAUUAUAUGUAGCUUGUAUUUAGAAAUACAUUUCAGAUCCUUUGCCAGUGAUAAAUUUUUUAAGCAAUACGAAAUGUUAGCCGUAAUAUCCAUAAAUUAUUCUAUAUUCCGGGUAAUACAUGUAAAUGUUUUGGAUUAGCUCUCUGUUAUUUUUGCAACAAAUAAAAAACAUCAUUACAUUUAUAAUAAUUUUGGGAGUCCCAUAGUUCCUUCAAACAUAUUAAAUGCUGGGAACAUAAGUGGUGUAAUCAAAUACUAGCACUACUUUUAAGUCGACAUAAAUAUGACGUCAACACGCUGGGUACCUAUCAUCUUUUGGAACAAGUUAUCAAUAUGAUGUAUAUGGUUCAAGACAUCAUUAUCACUGGCCAAAAUUAGGGGUGUAAUUUCGGAAUGCAAGCAUAAUAUGAAUAGUUUAUGCAGAAAAGUAUCGAUACAUAUAUUCUAAAUAUUAAGUGAAUAUUUGUAGUUAAAAUGGAUUAUUGAAGGUAUAAAAUUAUAACAGUUUCAAUAAUAUUCAUGAAUAGAAUAACUUCUAUAUACAUAUUCAUUCGAACUUAUUUUAUUCAAUAUAUUUAUCCAGUGCAAACUUGUCUAUGGGAUUGUUCAUGUUCUAUCCAAAUAAUAAUAUAUCUAGUUAUUGCAUACCUUGUUAUGAAAUAGAUUGAUAGAAAAUCAGUUAUUAGGUGCAAACAUGUUAAACAGAACUGCAUAAGUGACUAGAUACUGUUUUAAUGAAUUUUGAGGUUAAGAUUCAUUCUCAUUUUAAGUAAAACAUUUUUUAAAGAUGGUCCGAAUUUUUUUUAACACUGUUUCACACUGAAGUGGUUCUGUUCAGUAUUUUUGUCGCAAAUGGCUUUCCAAUCCGUUUCUUGGAUAGUCUAUAUAUAAAAUAAAUUUAUUACUUUCGUUGUAUUGCUUAGAGCUGUAUCGUAUUACUUACUAUAAGACAGAGCUGACAAAGUAAGCAUAACUGGUUUUACUUAAAGAUUUCGUAUGAAUAAUGAAUGAGAUUAAUAUUAAUUAAAUGGAUAAUACAUUUGAUUUAUCAUUUUCCAAAUAAACUGCAAAUGUUAUGUUCUUUAUCUUUUUAUAACAAAUAAAAUAUAAUUAAUAUAUAAGUCAGUCAACUAUAACAGUUUUCUAAAAGUUGUUAGGUAUAUUACAUAUCUACCUACUAUUUUCCCUUCUAUUCUAUAAAGCAAAUUAUUCCGACUUCUAGUUAGUAUACUGAUAAAAUUUGGAUACUAUAACAUCUAAUUGAAAUAGAUUUAUAAUAAAAAGUUACUUAUGAAAAUAAAAAUGACUUGAAAUAUCAUAUGAUAAAGUCUUUUCCUUGUAAAAGUUUUCGUUUAAAUGAAUAAAUUCGAUAACAUAUAGAAUCAGGAGAACGUUACCUUUAUACAACAUUCCUAACCAAUAAUUCCUAAUUAUACGGAAGACUUUUCGGAAAUUAUGGUCCUGGGUUAGAUCACACAUCAGCUCAUUACGGGUCCUAACCCAUAAGGAAAUUCUUAACACAGUUUCCGAACGUUGCGUUUUCACAGAAACCUUUGAUUUUUAUUACUUGAGGCAUGAAUUUACAACUGGAUAUUAAACUGAAGUCUAAACUAUGAAUUAAACUCUAGUUCAAACCAAAAAUAAAGUUGCUCUAUUUUAGAGGCCACAGUGGAAUCCAGAUGUUUUUAACAGCGGUAAUUUAAUCUAACUUUUCCGAUAGAACAAAAAAUCUGCUUGUAUUAAUUCUUAAUUUAAAUUUUUUAUGAAAAGGUGUAUGAAUAUUUAUAAACGAAAAUGAACUGAAAACUUCUCCAACUUUUUGAACAAAUACAAUGAAUCGAAUGCAAAAAAGCGAUUCAUUGACCUGGAAGAGAAGAGAAAAAGAUUUGAAGUAGUGAGUCAAUUCACUUCGAUAUAACAACGAAUUGAAAAAAUAAGUGGAGCAAUUUAAAAUAAAUCACCUGUAAAAUUUUGCAGUUGAAAACCAAAAUUUUUACAAAAUUGGUGGAGGACCGCCUUACCCUCUCUUAUAAGUGCGAUAGAUGAGGAAAUCGUAUAAGUCAGUGAAAGAUUUGAAGUUGUUGUUACAGGUAAUACGGCGAAUGUAACAUCUUCAUAACCUAUUUAAGGCAGUAAAUAUUGAGUUUCAACUCUUUACUUGACAUGAUAUCGUAAAAACGUAAACGAUUUGGAAAAGCUAGGAUAGAGUUCUCAGUUUCUUAUUAAACCACCCCUGAAUCGUCGGUUAGGUUUAAACCGAAGUUUGUCAAUAAACGCCAUCUAUAAAACACCUAUAAAAGUCGAUAUCUGUUGUUUAAGCUGACGUUUAAGGUCUAAAGGUUUAAACUAAACAAAAAAUUCUAAAAUUGCGCUUUAAUUUCGUGUGUUAAUUUUUCUAUAUUUCACGUUUAUUUUCCUAUAUUAUUUCUGUGAUUAUGGACUUUUAUUUAUUAUCAUUGAGCCGUCAUUAGAGAUUUGCCCACUCACACCGAUAAGCUUUAUAUUGGAAAAUCCAAAUAUCUGAAAAUCGAAGUUUUCGAAAAACAGUGAACGAGUACUGGAUUUCUUUCGAAACAUUCAAAUCAUGAUCGGGUUAACUCAAUCAUAUCAUAAUCAUAAAUUGUUAAAUGCAUGACACAACUGAUGAAAAAAUUUAUUAAAUCAACAGACCUAAUUAAGCAAUAAACUAGAGGUACUUUGUCCCAAUAAAAUUAAAUUUAGAUUUGCUGAUAUCAGAAACACACAUCAUCCGAUCAACUUUUUUGAAAAAACCUACAAUUGAGAUUUAGCAUAAAAUAGAUUCGAAAUCUCACUCUUCUCUCCAGUUUGUAGAGCCUAUCAUCAGAUAUUUCAAAAGGGAGGAGAUCUCCUUUUCAUCGUUCAUUCUCACUUUUAAUUUUCCAAGUAGAAAAUUACCAAAUUUUAUCAGUACCUAAUGUAUGUUAGUAAUAAUUAAUAUGGAUAGAUGGUUACUAUGCCAUGCUCUGUUAGAAAUAUUUGAAUAAAGUCGUACAAAAGGUUGCUUGAACUUCGGCAUCACGUUGUAUUUCAGGUACUAUGAGUAACUAAACUAAUAGUUAUAAAAUCUUAAAAUCAAUUUAUGAUAAAGUAUCAACAUUGAAACAUAACUUUAAUGAUUACUGCAUGCAAUCUUAAACUAUAGUUACCUAUAUUUGCAAUGAGCAUUGAAGAGUAUCAUUAGUUUUCAAUGUAUGUACAUUAAAUUCUUUUAAAAUUUUUUCACAGGAACACACAUAUGAAAAAAUACCAUUACAGAUUAACUACAACAAAAUGUAAUUAUCCAAUGUACCUACUAAAAAAUUAAUGCACGAGUUAAUACAAUAAUUAAUACCAGUUAAUACUAAUAGUGCUCUAGCAUAGAAUAGAAUGAAUUUAAAUUUGUUUGGUAGUUUAAAAUAAUGUUACAUUGGAAAUUGGAAAAGAAAUGCUCUCUAUAAAAUGACUAGUCGUAGUCGUGAGAAAGUGAAUCAUGAACAAAUAAUUUAAGCGUAACUUAUACAGGCUGCUAUGAAACAUGGAGUAAAAAGUGAUUCUAUGUGUUCAAUUAUGAAUAUCAUCAACAAAAUUCGUAUGCAGUAGUGAUUUUUUGUGGAAGAGACGAAUCGAUAAUUCAAAAGAAAAGAUUCAAAUUAUAAAUAUUUAUGCACAUUGGACGUAUUUAUAAAAAUAUUUUGCCACUUAUCUUACAAAUUGAUGUACUGAAAAAUUAUAUGAAAGAAUAUGAAACUCCUCAAUGCCCCGUUGUCUUCUUAAAAUCUUCAACUUUUGAAAAUUGUUAUAUAAAUAAUAUAUGUAUAGAAUGCUUUUAACUUAAGUUCUUGUAUUUAUCAAACCUACUUAUACAUUCUUGAAUAGAAAUAAAUUUAUAAACAAUGAAUAUCCUUUAUUAAUAUUGCAAUAUAGUUAUUGAAAUACUGUUUUUUUAUUCACUUAUUAGUAAGUAGUAAUUUGAAAUACGGGUCUAUUAUGUCCACAGGAAGCGAUUAUUUAUAAAUUAAUUUCCUAAAAUCUAUACACAUGUUAACCAGUUACGGACCAUAUACAUAUUGUUAUGUUCAACUAACAUGUACUAUAAAUAAUAAAUUGUUUUAAUA